AAAAACUGCUUAUUAUUAUUCUAUUUUUCUUUGCUUUUUCAUUUUUCCCUAACCCUAGCAAAGAAGAAAAAAAGCAAAAGAGAGGAGAAAUAAAAAGAGAUCUUGUGUGUGUUUAUAUAUGUAUACACACACACAUAUAUAGAAGAUUUGUAGGAUAAUUUUGGUGUGGAAUUUGGAUCUGACAUUGAAAGAUUGCAGAAUGGCAGAUGGCAUAUUCUUUUGGGGCCCAGUAACAUCUAAAGAGUGGUGUGAGCCAAAUUAUGUGCAGUCAUCCUAUAUUGCAGAAUUCUUCAACACCCUUUCAAAUAUCCCAUGCAUUCUCUUGGCUCUUAUUGGUCUUGUGAACGCCCUCAGACAACGGUUUGAGAAAAGGUUCAGUGUCCUUCAUAUUUCAAACAUAAUACUUGCCUUAGGGAGCAUGACAUAUCAUGCCACUUUGCGGCAGAUGCAACAGCAAGGUGAUGAGACACCAAUGGUCUGGGAGAUGCUUCUGUAUAUUUAUAUCCUAUAUUCACCAGAUUGGCAUUAUCGGAGUACAAUGCCCACCUUUUUGUUCCUUUAUGGUGCACUCUUUGCCGUUGUGCAUUCACAGCUGCGCUUUGGCAUUGGUUUCAAAGUACACUAUGCACUAUUGUGCCUUCUUUGUGCUCCUCGUGCAUAUAAGUAUUACAUUCAUACAGAAGACACGAUGGCAAAGCGGCUCGCAAAGUUUUAUGUGGCGACUUUAUUGAUCGGAGCUGCUUGCUGGCUAUGUGAUCGAUUAUUCUGCAAGCAAAUUCAGGGCUGGUACUUUAAUCCACAGGGGCAUGCAGUUUGGCACAUCUUAAUGGGUUUCAACUCGUACUUUGCAAAUACGUUCUUGAUGUAUUGCCGUGCUCAGCAACGUGAAUGGAAUCCCAAAGUUAAGCACUUGUUCGGACUUUUCCCAUACGUGAAGAUCGAGAAACCAAAAACCCAGUAGCAGAAGUUACUUCUCUUUUGAGGCGAGCCUGUAAUACAAAACUUGUGCAGGAAAUGGCACGGGUGAGCGCACAAAGCAAGCACUUGCAAUUUUUUUUUUCUCUUUUCCCAUUUUGCAGAAUGUAAUGUAAAUGAAAGUCUGGAAUAGUUUUGUCUUGACCGAAUAGUGGUUAAUUUUUGACUGUACAAUUAGUGGUUUCCCAGUGUACCAUAUUUUAUACUCCCACAGAAGAUGUCAUGGAUUAACUAGUCGAUUCUUUUUCUGAUAA